AUACCAUAAUGAAUGUAGCCGGCUUUGCGUCCUCAUCCUUCCUCUCUGGCACUACGUUUUGCUCUCUGUUUCUUCAUGCUACAAUCAGUGAUACGUCGCUCUUCUUCACAUUUGAUCUCUCUACCCCCACCCAAUUCCGAUGUCUUUCACCACCACCGCCUCCUCCUCUUCUUCUUCUCCGGCUAUUCCUGUUAAGGUCAUUCCUCUACGGCAUCCCGAUUCCACCUCUUCUGAUGAUGGUCCUCGCCGUCCAUCCAUUCCCUUCCAUGAACUUUUCUCCGGAUGGACGGCGAAGAUCAAGAGUAUGACGUUCUUCGACUGGUUGGAUACGUUAUUUCCUUGCUUCGUUUGGAUUCGAAAUUACCGGUGGCAUCAGUACUUUAAGCUUGAUCUCAUGGCUGGCAUCACCGUUGGUAUUAUGCUUGUGCCCCAGUCAAUGUCGUAUGCGAAGUUAGCUGGGCUUCAACCAAUAUAUGGCUUAUACUCCUCAUUCGUGCCGGUGUUUGUGUAUGCCGUAUUCGGCUCAUCUCGCCAGCUUGCAGUUGGACCUGUAGCAUUGGUCUCUCUUCUCGUCUCCAACGCUUUGGGUGGAAUCGUUGAUCCAUCUGAAGAGCUAUACACUGAGCUCGCCAUUUUGUUGGCACUUCUUGUUGGAAUAUUUGAGUGCAUCAUGGGUUUUUUAAGGCUUGGAUGGCUUAUUCGUUUCAUAAGUCACUCGGUCAUUUCUGGAUUUACAACUGCUUCAGCUAUUGUGAUUGGAUUAUCCCAAUUGAAAUACUUUCUGGGGUACAACGUUUCCCGGAGCAGCAAGAUUGUCCCACUUGUUGAGAGUGUAAUAGCUGGAGCUGAUCAGUUUAAGUGGCCACCUUUCUUGUUGGGAUCUACCAUUCUGGUGAUCCUCCUAGUAAUGAAGCAUGUGGGAAAAGCAAACAAGGAACUCCAGUUUAUACGAGCAGCAGGGCCGCUCACAGGGCUUGCUCUUGGUACGACCAUUGCGAAAGUGUUCCAUUCACCUUCCAUCUCACUGGUGGGAGAUAUACCUCAAGGCCUUCCAAAGUUUUCUUUACCAAAAAGUUUUGAUCAUGCAAAAUUAUUGCUUCCAACAGCGGCACUCAUCACUGGUGUGGCCAUCCUGGAAUCUGUAGGUAUUGCCAAAGCACUAGCAGCGAAAAACAGAUACGAGUUGGAUUCAAAUUCAGAGUUGUUUGGUCUUGGUGUUGCUAAUAUAUUUGGAUCAUUAUUUUCUGCAUAUCCGACUACAGGAUCCUUUUCUAGGUCAGCGGUUAUUAGCGAAAGCGAAGCGAAGACUGGUCUAUCAGGUCUUAUAACAGGGAUCAUCAUAGGAUGCUCUCUACUGUUCUUGACCCCAGUGUUUAAAUAUAUACCACAGUGUGCUUUAGCUGCAAUAGUGAUCCCUGCUGUUAGUGGCUUGGUGGACUAUGAAGGGGCUAUUUUCCUGUGGCGUGUGGACAAGAGAGAUUUUACUCUUUGGACCAUCACUAGCACCACUACUCUGUUCUUUGGAAUAGAGAUCGGAGUCCUCGUUGGUGUCGGUUUUUCACUUGCAUUUGUUAUACACGAGUCUGCAAACCCUCAUAUUGCUGUUUUGGGCCGUCUUCCAGGAACCACUGUGUACAGAAACAUGAAGCAGUAUCCAGAAGCGUACACUUACAAUGGGAUUGUGAUUGUUCGAAUAGACGCUCCCAUAUAUUUUGCCAACAUAAGCUACAUCAAGGACAGGCUAAGAGAAUAUGAAGUAGCUUUUGAUAAACACACUAAUAAAGGACCCGAGGUGGAGAGGAUCUACUUUCUUAUCCUGGAAAUGUCUCCUGUCACAUACAUAGACUCAAGCGCCGUAGAAGCCUUGAAAGAACUGUACGAGGAAUACAAAACAAGGGACAUUCAGCUUGCGAUUUCAAAUCCGAACAAAGAGGUUCUCUUGACUCUAGCAAGAUCAGGGAUUGUGGAGCUUUUUGGCAAAGAAUGGUGCUUUGUGAGAGUACACGAUGCUGUCCAAGUCUGUCUUCAUUACGUCGAGAGCAAGAACCAGACACCCACAAAUGUUGAAGAAAGCAGCAGUUCAAGCUUAUGGAGAAGGUGUAGUGCGAAAAACUCAUCACAUACUGAAGUUGAAUCUGAUUCUAAGCUUGUUUUAAAGGAGACAUUGUUGUUCAACGAGAAAUAGAAAUUCAGCAUUGCGCUUUCCUUCUCAUCUUUACAAAACUUUAGGUGUAUAUUUUAACACGUACACCGUUAUUUACAAAUAUUUAGAGAGAGAGAGACAAAAAGGGUCAUGGUCAUAAGUUGUUGAAAAUUUACUAUGUCAUGAAUGGAUAUUAAAUCUGAGUUAUUAUAUUUCCUCAUCAACACGUGAUUCUUGCG